AUGACAGAUACUACUAAUACGACUAGUACCUCGACUCAACAAGUCGUUACGGCAUUAGUCUCAAAUGGUGUAAUCUUUGGUGUAUUUAUAUCAUUAUUUCUUCUAUUUAGAAUUAAAUUAAAGCGUAUUUACGAACCAAAAUCUUCUUUCCAAUUAAUUAAUGAAGAGAAAAGACCUGAACCAUUACCAAAAGGUUUAUGGCAAUGGGUAGUGCCAUUAUUACGUAAAUCUGAUAAUUUUGUUAUUCAACAAGCAGGUUUAGAUGGUUAUUUUUUUUUAAGAUAUCUUUUCAUUAUUUGUGCAUUUUGUGCAUUUUCUUUAUUAUAUAUCUUCCCAAUUUUAUUUGCUGUUAAUGCAACAAAUGGUGAACAUGAAACAGGUUUAAAUCAAUUGGCGUAUACUAAUGUUAAGGAUCCUAAAAGAUAUUAUGCUCAUGUGUUCAUCUCUUGGGCGUUUUAUUGGUCAUUCUUAUAUAUUGUUUAUCGUGAAUUGUUUUUUUAUACUUCAAUGAGACAAGCUGUUUUGGCAUCACCAAGAUAUGCUAAAAAAUUAUCUUCAAGAACUGUAUUAUUUCAAACUGUACCAGCUCAAUAUUUAAGUGAAACAGAAUUUUCAAAAUUAUUCGAUGGUGUGAAAAGAGUUUGGAUUGCUAGAGGUGCAAAUAAUAUUGAGGAUUUAGUUAAUGAAAGAGAAAAAAUGGCAAUGCAAUUAGAAUCUGCCUCGAUUUCUUAUCUGAAAAAUGCAGUUACAAAAGUUAGUAAAAUGAGGAAAAAAAAUCCAAGUACAAUUAUUGAAGAUGAAAUUUCAACUUAUGUACCCGAAAAGAAUAGACCUCAUCAUGCUAAAAAUUUUUGGAAUAAAAUUAUAUUUAGAAAGACUAUCGAUACAAUCUCUGAAUUAAAAGAAGAAUUACCAAAAAUAAAUAAAGAAAUUAAAGAGUUACAAGAUGAUCAUAUUAAUGGAGAACCAUUCAAUUCUGUCUUUGUGGAAUUUGAAUCUCAAUAUCAAGCUCAAGUGGCUGCUCAAGUGACAACUUUUCAUGCUCCUUUAUUUAUGACUCCAGCUUAUAUCGGUCUUGAACCAAAGGAUGUUGUUUGGUUUAAUCUAAGAAUGUUUUGGUGGGAAAGAUUAAGUAGAGAAGUAGGUACAAUUGCAGUUAUUUGUGCUUUGGUUAUUCUAUGGGCUUUCCCUGUUGCAUUUGUUGGUCUGAUCUCUAAUAUUACUUAUUUGACUGAUAAAGUUCAUUGGUUACGUUUUAUUUAUAAAUUACCAAAUCAAUUGUUAGGUUUAUUGACAUCUUUAGCACCAACAGUAGCUUUGGCUGUAUUGAUGAGUUUCUUACCAAAAAUUAUUAGAGGUAUGGCUGUUCUUCAAGGAUCUCCAUCAACUCAAAAAGUUGAACAUUUUACACAAAAUGCAUAUUUUGCAUUCCAAGUGGUUCAAGUUUUCCUUGUCACUACAAUUACUUCCGCUGCUACUUCUGUCGUCACACAAAUUGUAUCUGAACCAACAAAAGCAAUGGAAUUGUUAGCUACAAAUUUACCAAAGGCUUCCAAUUUCUAUAUCUCAUAUAUUAUUCUUCAAGGUAUGUCUAUUUCAUCCGGUGCUCUUUUACAAAUUGUUCCUUUAUUAAUAUUCUAUGCUUUAGGAACUAUAUUAGAUGGUACUCCAAGAAAGAAGUACAAUAGAUUUAUAAAUCUAAGUUCAAUGCAAUGGGGGACUACAUAUCCAGUCUAUACUAACUUGGCUGUCAUCGUCUUCUCUUAUUCCAUCAUUUCUCCAAUUAUCCUAUUAUUCUGUGCAUGUGGUUAUUUCUUAUUAUAUGUCGCAUAUUUAUACAAUUUAACUUACGUGUUUAGUGAAGCACCAGACGCUAGAGGUAUCAAUUAUCCAAGAGCUUUAUUCCAAACUUUAACAGGGAUGUACAUUGGUGAAAUUUGUUUAUUAGGUUUAUUUGUUGUUGGUAAAGGUUGGGGUCCAAUUGUCCUUCAAGUCAUCUGUAUUUGUGUCUCUGUCAUUUUACAUUUACAAUUAAAUCAUGCAUUUGAUGAUUUAAUGACACUAUUACCAGUGGAUACAAUGAAGCCAUUAGAUGGUAAGACAGAUACACCAUCAUUUAAGAACAUUUACAAUGUUGAAAAGAAUGAUGGAAAAGAUGGUAUUAAAGAAUUACCACAAUUCCCAAUACCCAAAUAUCAAGCAAAGAAUCCAUUUAAUAAUCCUAGUGAUUCUAAAUCCGGGAUCAGUGAUACUACAUAUCCUUAUAUGUAUGAUGAAGCAUUGGAGACUCCCGAAAAUAAUGUUAUUGGGGUUCCAUUAUUAGCAGAUGGGGACACCGUGGCAAUCCCACCAGCUUCAUUCUACACAAGAUUUUUCAAACCACAUAUAUAUUGCUCCUAUAAGGCUGUCAAGAGUAGAUUACCUGAGAUUUAUGGAUUAAUCGAUCCUAAUGAGGUCUUGGAUGAAUCCGAAUUGUUACAUGCUUAUGAUUUCCCUGCUGUAGGUGCUGAAUGUCCAUCGCUAUGGAUUCCUGAGGAUGAAUAUGGUUUCUCAAAACAAAUCAUUAGAGAAUUGGAAAGUGUUGUAGAUAUCUCAGAUCGUAAUGCCAAGAUAGAUACUAAAGGUAAGAUAACAUUCACAGGUGUUCCUCCAAAAAAGGAAGGGGAAGAAGAAGAAGAAAAUGAUAUCUUCAUGAAUAAUAUUAAAGAGGAGUCUGACGAAUCUAUGGCUUAG